CGGGAAAUUCGUAACACUGCAAACAUAUCCACCGAUGAGAAUGCGAACCCUGGUUCUGGAAAACAGUUAUCUGGGGAAGAGAAAGUAGAGCCAGUGCAAGUUGAAGAGCGCGAAAAAAGGGGUCGAAAAGGAGAUUUCAUUCUCUCUUCUCUCGGCUACUGCGUCGGAUUUGGAAACAUCUGGAGGUUCCCUUACCUGGCUUACAAAAACGGCGGAGCUUUGUUUCUUAUCCCAUAUCUUUUGAUGUUGUUCUUGAAUGGUGUGCCACUUUUCUUCCUGGAGCUGGCGAUUGGUCAGUGGUUUAGCUCUGGAGUGACUGGCGUGUGGAAAUCAAUUUGCCCACUAAUGAAAUGUAUCUAUGCUCCUACGGUAAGAGUACAGGAUCCCCACUUGUUCGCACGGCAGUAGCCCAGAGCGCGGGCAAAUUACAAGCCCGGGGGAUUAGAGAAGUGGGUAGGGGGGGGGGGGAACGGUCAUUGUUUGGGGUUGAUGCCCGGAGUGCGGAAAAACAGAAGCCGAGGGAGAUGAAGCGAUGGGGCGGAGGAAGGGACUAGCCAUUUGUAGGUGAUAGUCGGAACAAAGAUAAGGAAUUGAAAGCAUUUGUAACCAGGUCCUUUUUUUCUCCCAAUCUAUGCUUUCUCUCCCUCGCGCUCAUAACUGUAAAAAAGAAAGACAAUAAAAUUAACAAAAACAAUGUAAAACACAAACAACAAUGGGCAAGCAUCUCUCGGUCGUCGAUUAGGCUGAGGGCGGGAGAGGACUGACACUCCAAAUUAUAAUGCCUUCUGCGUAAAAAAAAAAAAAAAAAAAAAA